AUGUCUGGCCUGACUCUGGGCAACACAAUACACUUCAGUAGUGAAGUACACAAGUCUGCUACUGUCGACGACGAAAUCCCUCGUUUUAAAGUCCGCCAGAUUAAUGCAAUGAAUUAUCAAGCUGACCUUCAAGCGAUAUAUAUAGCACUUCUCGCACGUCAUUGUACAAUAACCAUAGGUCGUCCACAUCGCCUUUCUCACCUCACAAAGCAAUUCAUUAAAAUCAAAAAAAUCGUGUUUAGCAAUUUGGACUCAAUCGACGUCCUUCAAUUCAUUCAAACGCGUUCAAACGAACAAGCACAACAUGAGUACAAAACUGGUAACACUACACAGAAGACUGCAAAGAGAAGAAUACAGCCGACAAAGCGACGGGAGGAGAUGAGGUUCUUACAAGACAUUUUGUUCGAGUUCGGCUAUUACGUCGAAAUCUCUUCGGAGACAAUAGACGGCUAUGAAGGCUCCGUCUCACUUUACUCAAAAAAAGGUUCAAUCACAACAAACUCAAUAAGACUCUUAGGCGACGAACUUAACAAGAAACUCUCCUCCAUCCUCGAAGCUCAACCCAAUGCUUUAUUAAAUAGCUCUUCUUUCAAAGAAACCUCUUUGGACUCUUUUUUGUAA